AUUAGUUGCGUAUAACGAUGGGACAGGUUUCCGAGGUCAGGGCUUUCACAAAUAGAAUUUUUGCCCUGCUAAACACCUGUGCUUCUCGAACUCAACUCCACCAGAUUCAAACCCAACUGAUCAUCCAUAAUCUCCAUUCCGACAGCACCAUUGCUUCCCAAUUCAUCACUGCAUGCCAAUCCGUGGGUCUUCUCAACUCCGCUUUUCUGCUGCUCACCUUUCUUCCAAGAGCAAAUACUUUCGUUUGCAAUUCUCUCAUCCGGGCCUUCGCUCACUCUCACAUUCCUCAUACCCCUCUCGCCAUAUACUUUCAGAUGCAUAAAAAUUCUGUUCGCCCUAAUAACUACACCUUCCCUUUCCUUUUCAAAUCUUUAUCCGACUUCCGUGAGUUUAAACAAGUUCAAUGCAUCUACACUCACGUCUUAAAACUGGGUCAUCUCAACGAUAUUUAUGUUCAAAACUCACUUCUCGAUGUUUAUGCAUCUUGUGGCCGUAUGGACUUGUGCCGACAGCUGUUUGAUGAAAUGCUUCAAAGGGAUGUUGUGUCAUGGACAGUGUUAAUUAUGGGUUAUCGAAAUGCUGGGAAGUACGAUGAUGCGUUAAUUGUCUUCGAACAGAUGCAAUAUGCGGGUGUAAUGCCUAACAGAGUGACGAUGGUAAAUACCUUGGCUGCUUGUGCAAAAUUUGGUGCAAUUGAAAUGGGUGUCUGGAUACAUAAUAUCCUAAAGAAAAAUGGGUGGGAACUCGACGUUGUACUGGGGACCGCGUUAAUUGAGAUGUAUGCGAAAUGCGGGAGAGCUGACGAAGGGCUGGAAGUUUUCAGCCUGAUGAAGGAAAAAAAUGUAUUUACUUGGAAUGCACUUAUUAAAGGACUAGCUUCAGCUAAAAGUGGCGAAGAAGCAAUCUGGUGGUUUCAAAGAAUGGAGGAGGAAGGAGUAAGAGCAGAUGAAGUGACUUUGGUCACAGUCCUUUCGGCUUGUAGCCACUCAGGCCUGGUAGAGAUAGGACAACAGAUUUUCAGUUAUUUGAUUAAUGGGAAGUAUGGAUUUUCGCCUGAUGUCAAGCACUAUGCAUGUAUGGUCGACCUCUUAGCACGUUCAGGGCGCGUAGAAGAGGCUUUUGAAUUCGCAAGACAUAUGCCUUUUGAGCCUACGAAAGCUAUGUGGGGAUCCUUAUUCGCCAGUUCCAAAUCUCAGGGGGAAUUGGAGCUCAGCGAGUUUGCAGCCAGAAAACUCGUAGAUUUGGAGCCACAUAAUUCUGCUUAUUAUAUUCAUCUGUCAAAUCUGUAUGCAGAGAUGGGGAGAUGGUGGGAUGCGGAAAAAGUACGGGAAAUGAUGAAAGAAAGACGGUUAACCAAGGACCUGGGGUUUAGUUCUGUGCAGACUGAACCAAAAGAGCACGCCAAUUUUUAGUGCUGUAUUUCUCAAAGCAUUUAGAUAAAUGCUAACUAGGAUGGAAUACUUACGGUCCGAUGAAACAAGUGAGGACAUGUAUAGAGACUGAAAGACGGAGUUAGCCGGCCCUUUUUGUUGAGCUAUGGUGUUUUAAGCUGUAUAUAUUU